AUGGUGGUAGGAACUAAGAAGUAUUCUGAUUUGGACUUUGUCCCUACAAUUAGUGACAGCGAAGAAGAUGUUCCAAUCUUAGAUUCCUCUGAUGACGAAAAGGUGGAGGUUAAGAAGACCACUAAGAAGCGCAAGGGUAAAAAUAACAAGAAAAAGGCUGUCGAGGCGGAUAAUCUUGAUGAGGAUGUUCAUGAGGACUUGGACGCAGGGUUCAAGUUCGAUUUGGACGCGGAUGACACCACUUCGAACUUUCAAGGCUGGAACUUUCUAGGCGAGGGCGAGUCCAAUAAGGAUGAUGCAGAAGCCUUUGUGAAGAAGGACGUGGACUUGGACAAGAUCAUUAGAAGAAAAGGUGGGCUGGUGAAGAUGGCCCAUAUCGAUAGUAAACAAGAAAAAGAAAAAGAGGAAGAGGAAGAAGAAGAGGAAAACGAUAACGACGAUGAGGAAUUAGCAAUGGACGGGUUCGGUAUGGGAGCCCCCAUGAACAAUGAAGGCGAGGAUGAGUCAGAAGAAGAGGAAGAAGAAGAAGAAGAGGAUGAACAGGAAGAGAUGACGUUAGAAAAGGGCGGCAAAGAUGACGAAGUAGAUGAAGAAGACGAUUCUGAAGAGGCAAAAGCCGAUUUCUAUGCUCCUGAAACUGAGGGAGAUGAAGCUAAAAAGCAAAUGUACGAAAAUUUCAAUAGUUUGUCUUUGUCUCGUCCAGUUCUUAAGGGUCUUGCAAGUUUGGGUUACGUCAAGCCUUCUCCUAUUCAAAGCGCCACAAUCCCCAUCGCUUUAUUGGGUAAAGAUAUCAUUGCCGGUGCUGUUACUGGUUCUGGUAAGACUGCCGCGUUUAUGAUCCCUAUCAUUGAGCGUUUGUUAUACAAACCAGCCAAAAUCGCUUCUACCAGAGUUAUCGUUCUAUUGCCCACUCGUGAAUUGGCUAUCCAGGUCGCUGAUGUUGGUAAGCAAAUCGCACGUUUCGUCUCUGGUAUAACUUUUGGUCUGGCUGUUGGUGGUUUGAACUUGAGACAACAAGAACAAAUGUUGAAAUCUCGUCCGGAUAUUGUCAUUGCUACUCCGGGUAGAUUCAUUGAUCAUAUCAGGAACUCAGCAAGUUUCAAUGUGGACUCAGUGGAAAUUCUGGUUAUGGAUGAAGCCGAUAGAAUGUUAGAAGAGGGUUUUCAAGAUGAACUGAAUGAAAUUAUGGGCCUAUUACCAAGCAAUAGACAGAAUCUGUUGUUUUCCGCCACGAUGAACUCCAAAAUUAAAAGUCUAGUUAGUCUUUCUUUGAAAAAACCGGUAAGGAUCAUGAUUGAUCCUCCAAAGAAAGCUGCUACCAAGUUGACACAAGAAUUUGUUCGUAUCCGUAAAAGAGACCAUUUGAAGCCUGCCUUGUUGUUUAACUUGAUUAGGAAAUUGGAUCCAAUGGGUCAAAAGAGGAUUGUCGUUUUCGUAGCAAGAAAAGAAACUGCUCAUAGAUUAAGGAUUAUUAUGGGUCUUUUAGGUAUGAGUGUGGGUGAAUUGCAUGGUUCUUUAACGCAAGAACAGCGUUUAGAUUCCGUAAACAAAUUCAAAAAUUUGGAAGUACCUGUACUUAUCUGUACAGAUUUGGCCUCCAGAGGUCUUGAUAUUCCAAAGAUCGAGGUCGUUAUCAACUACGAUAUGCCGAAGAGUCACGAGAUUUACCUGCAUAGAGUGGGUCGUACCGCCAGAGCUGGUAGGGAAGGUCGUUCCGUCACCUUUGUCGGUGAAUCAUCUCAAGAUAGAAGUAUUGUCCGUGCUGCUGUCAAGAGUGUAGAAGAAAAUAAGUCCCUUACCCAAGGUAAAGCACUCGGUAGAAACGUGGACUGGGUUCAAAUCGAAGAAACAAAUAAACUUGUUGAAUCGAUGAAAGAUACAAUUGAAGAGAUUCUUGUUGAAGAAAAGGAGGAGAAGGAAAUUUUAAGGGCUGAAAUGCAAUUGAGAAAGGGUGAAAAUAUGUUGAAGCAUAAAAAGGAAAUUCAGGCAAGACCAAGAAGGACAUGGUUCCAAAGCGAAUCAGACAAGAAAAAUUCCAAAGUACUAGGAGCGUUAUCAAGAAACAAGAAAGUCACCAACAGUAAAAAGAGAAAGCGUGAAGAAGCUAAGUCUGAUGGCAAUGGUGCACGUUCUUACAGGAAAACUAAAACUGACCGUACCGCGGACCAAGAGAGAACUUUCAAAAAGCAGAAGAGUGCAAAUUCAAAUAAAAAGAAGGGUUUCAAAAGCCGUAGGUAA